UUAAAUACUGUCUAGUUUAUUGAGUAAAAAAUAUUAAAUUUCAUUAAGAAGAAGUGUAUUAAAGAGUUUCACGGCCCUUACAUCACGAGAUGAUAUUUUAUUAUUCUUAGCGGUUAUUUUGAAUGACAUUGCAGUGACGUCGAGUUACUCUCUUUAAUUUUAAUCAUUUAAAUAAAUCUUUAUAGCAUUGCUAUGAUUCCGUUAGACAUAUAAUUUAAUGAGUAUUUUUUGGAUUAUAUUGCACAGUACUUGAUAAUUUAUAAAUGGAAAGACGUUUUCUGUCAACGAGAGUUUCAGCUUUAUUGAAUUCACCUGUUUUGCCAAAAUUUGCUCAAGUUCAAGAAGAUUGUUUAGAAAAUGUGUAUAAAACAAAACAAUUAGGUCCAUUGGGUAGAGCACCUUCACCUAAAAUUCCUGCCAAAGUUGUUAAGUCAUUCUUUGGAAGGUCUAGUGAAAAGGGUGAUUCAGCUGAGCAGUGUAUGUCUCCAUCUAAUGAAAUAUAUUUUCAGUCUGAGUAUUCAAAAGCUUUUAAUCCAUUUUGUAAAUGCCAUAAUGCAGAAGUUGCUCCUGCUGGUAUAAAAUUAAAAACUCCUGACAAUAAUGGCGAUCAUAUGAAAGAAAUUUUUACUAUGAAGACUAGAGGAGAAUCUGCAAUCAUUAUUCCCAUAUCUAAGACAUGGAAACUUAAUCCUGAUGCUGAAUGCAAUUUCAGAUAUAAGCAGCAACAGUCUGCAGGUCAUGAUAGUAUUCAUCAUGGGAGUAAAUAUGGUAACUGUGAUCUAAAAUGUGACAUGGAAGAAAAAAAAAUUAUCCAUCUUUUAUGUAGUUUACUUAAAGGGAAUACUGCAAGUGAUUCUGAAGAUCAUUUAUGUGGAUUAAAAGGCUGCUUCCAGAAUCAAAAUAGAAUUACAGUUUCUGAUAUACAGAAAAUAUGCAGUAAAUUUGGCAUUUCAGUUCCAUUGCAUGUGCUUGAAAAACUAAUAGAGAAGAGUGGCAUUACAUUUAAAGAUGGAAUUAGAAGCUGUGAUGCAUCUGCAUUUGUUGCUAACUGGAAGGACAUAAUAAAUGAAAAACAUAACUUUAAAAAUCUCAAGAAUAUGUGUAAUAGCUGUCAGAUAAUGAAUUCUAAUCAAGAUAUGAUAGACCAUUUUAAAACUUCUGCAUCUGCUAUUGGUGAUCACAUAGCAUCAGUGCACAGAAAACCUGCAGGACUCCCAACUAUACGAAAUGACAUGAAAAGACCUAAAUCUAGAAAUAUUACUGAUUUAAAGGAUUAUGGUGACAUAAAGAGUUGUACAAGAACUAUACAACCCUCUAUAUUUGAAAAGCAUGCUGUAUCUGAUGAGGAUCUAGGAGCAUUAAAAUACAAGCAAGAGGUGAUUUUUUUUUUUUUUUUUUUUUUUUUUUUUUUUUUUUUUAUGUUCUUAUUGCCAUAUAUGCAGAAAAAGCUUUUAUAGGUAACUAUUAGAAAUUCAGUGAUUGCUCUUUAAAAAUCGUUUAGCCAGCCUCUGCAAAUGUGCAAUUUUAAUACAAAGUAAUGUUAAAAAGGUCCAUAUGUUCUGUAAUAAAAUAUUACACAGUGAAUGGAUUAAAUUUAAUACCUAUUAAUCUCUAAACAAUAUUAUAAAUGCAUCCAUUUCAUCUUAUCUAAAGCCCAAUAAAUACUAGUACAUUGAAGGCAGCUUGGAAUUUUAUAUUUUAUGAUUCAUAUAAGUGGUGACAAAUUUAUGGCUCUCAAUCCAUAUGGAACACAAAUUGAAAACAAUAUUCAUUGUGCUGUGUUAGUGCCACUCUUAUUAAUCCAUAUUGUAAGAAAUAUUUCAGCAAAUUGUUUUAGCAGCAUGUUCCAUAACAACUGUAACAUGUACUGAAGAGCCAAAAUAUUAUGACCACCUACCGAAUACUGCAUUGCGCGACCUUUGGCCUACAAAAUAGGUGCAACUCGCCUUGGCGUGGAUGUCACAAGUUCUUGGACGAGGACUUUAGACAGGUUGUACCAAAUGUCUAAGCAGUGGUCACGAAAGUCGAGAUAUUCUGACAGUGGUAGUGUUUGUGCUCUGAGCUGCAGCUGCAUGAAAUUCCAAACAUGCUCUAUCAGGUUAAGAUCCGGUGAGUUAGGUGGCCAGGAUAUUAAUUAAAAUUCAUCCUUAUGCUCUUUAAGCCUUUCUAACACAGUUUGAGCCUAGUGACAUGGAACAUUGUCCAUUUGGGAAGACAGGUGCCAUGUAAGGGCGCAACUCCGCUGUUACGUUCAGUUAGUCCGCAGCUUUCAUAUUCUGUUCUACUACAACUAAAGGUUCCAGAGCCAUGCAGAGAACAUCCCCCAAAGCAUAAUACUGCCUCCACCAGCCCUUGUAUGACCUGUGCAGGGAGAGCAACUGUUGGCCUGGAAGAUGGUGCAGCCUGACACAACCAUCAACGUGAUGAAUGAGAAAUCGCAAUUUACUCGACCAAGGCAACUGCCUUUCACGUGACCAUGGCCCAGUCUCGAUGUUCCCGGGCCCACUGCAGGCAUAGUUGACUGUGACAGUAGGUCAACAGAGGCACAUGAGUGGGGCGUCUGCUGCGCAGACUCAUAUCCAGCAGUGUCCACAGAAAUGUGUGUUCUGAAGCACUUGCACUUGAGCCUGCAUUAUAUUAGGCUGUCAGUUGAGCCUCUGUCUGGUACCGAUUUUGAUGUACCAAGUGGUAUAGUCUCUAACAUAAUUUUUCUUAUGACGAUGCAUGGACGUCCAACACCUUGGCGUCUACUGCUGCGUUCACGAUCAUUUACCAACUUAACAUAAAUAUUAACAAUGGCAGAUUGUGAAUGAACUACCAGUCAUGCAGUUUUAGAGAUACUUGUUCCGAGUCUUCAGGCAAUUUCAGCCUGCCCUCUAUCAAAUUUGCUUAGAUCAGCAGCUUUUCCCAUCACUUGCAAAAAUCAGUGCAAGAAUGAUUCCUUACAUUCUCCAGCAGGAGUUAAAUACCAUUCCCACUUAAUCAUGUGCUCUGCACGUCAACCAGAGGAGUUCAUUGAAAAAUGUGGGGCUAAGUCAUAAUAUUUUGUUUCGUCAGUGUAUGUGGUAUAAAAUUGAUUAUCACCUUAAUAUAUAUCGACUUAAACAGUUACGUGUAUAGAAUAGCUGAUAAACAGAUAUCCAUCUUUUCCAUAUUUAGUGAGAUGUGAGAUUCCCCCCCCCAAGU